AUGCAGUUAUCAACAGUCCAGCCUGUUUUUAAAUUGGAAUUAAAUCACAAAGUAACGCCUGGUAUUGUUGUUAUAGCAAAGUUUGACGGUACUCAUCCGUGCUUGACUGCAUCCGCCGGAUAUGAUAAAAUUAUAAUCCACCACCCUCACGGAGGUGUGGUGAGCGGGCGCGCUCAGAGGUCGCAGGCGCACGGUGAGGUCUCAGAGUUGAACCUCAGUCAGGCUGUGAUUGCACUGGCUGCAGGGCCUCUGCGUCCUGACACUGGGAGAGACAUGUUGCUGAUAGGCUCACCUUCACAGAUUCUAGCUUACGAUGUCCACGACAACACAGACCUUUUCUUCAGGGAUUCUCCAGAUGGCGUUAAUGUGAUUAUUGUGGGUAGUUUUGGGAAGUACACCGAACCGUUAGCAAUCGUCGGGGGCAAUAGUUCUGUGCAGGGGCUCAACUGGCAAGGCACUGAGUUGUUUUGGAAUGUUGUCAGUGGAAAGGUGUGCGCUAUGAUCACUUUCGAUUUUGAUAAAGAUGGCGAAAAUGAGCUGCUCAUAGGUUGUGAAGAUUCUUACAUCAGAGUGCUGAAGAACAACCAAUUUAUUAUGGAAAUAGCUGAAACGGGUCCAGUCCUUUGUUUGACUCCAGUCACUGAAAUUAGAUUCGCGUAUGGCUUGGCUAAUGGAACCAUCGGGAUAUACGAAGAAGGCAUUAGACUCUGGAGAGUAAAGUCGAAACAAAACACGGUCGCCCUGCAAUGGUCAAGAGACACUCUGGCCUGCUGCUGGAGCAACGGCCGUGUUGACUGGCGGGAGGGCACCACGGGCCGCGUCCUCAGAAGAGUGCAAAUGCGCGCAGGCGCCGCGGCUAUGCUCUUAGCCGAUUAUAGAUCAGUCGGUGCUCCAGAUUUGGUAUGCGUUUCGGAUAGAGGCGAAGUUAUGGGUUACCCACCAUACCAAGAAAACACGGGCUUCAACGCGACUUCAAAGAAGCUGCCAUCCGAAGAGGACCGGUUGGCUAUAACAGAGUUAUUUAAUAAAAAACAAGCUCUAUUGGUGGAGCUUCGGCACUACGAAGCAAACGCAGCGACAGGCUCAAUGAGCCUAGAAACUCCUGAGCGAGGAUCGACUGCAAUGCCUACGAACACUCGCUUACAAGUUGCGGUUUCUGCUUCGCCGGAGGAGCGCUGUUUAGACCUCGUAAUAUCGACCAACAAUGAGACCAUAGUGCGGGCGGCCUUGGUUCUCGCUGAGGGUAUAUUCGAGACAGGCGAAACCUUGGCGCGGCACCCACCAGCGUCUCAGCUGAGAUCGAUGCUGCAGAUGCCGCUGAAACCGCCUAGAGAUGUACCCGUCGAUGUACACAUAAAGGCUCUAGUUGGCUAUCCAGAUAGUGAGCAAUUUCACAUUUUUGAGUUGACCAAGCAACUCCCCAGGUUCUCUAUGUACACUGUUGCAGUACCUGGUACAACUACUUGUAAAGACAGCUAUGUCACUUUUCGAAUUACUGAGAGAGUACAAAGAAUCUGCAUUUGGAUCAAUCAAAAUUUCUUAUUAGAACAAGAUGUAACUUUAGAAUCUGAAGAUACAAAAGAGCUUCAUCUAAGCCUUUUCUGCUUGAGAAGCCAGUCACAACUGGAUAUGGACUUUGCAGCUGAUGGACAAGUGAAGAUCAGCACACCAGAUAUAAGACUGGCUGGAGACCUGAUACAAAGCCUGGCUGUCUACUUGAAUCUAUCGGAUUUGCAGUCUACAGCACAAUUUCCUGAAGCCGAAAAGAAACUGCGUCAGGAGAUGGAGAUAGCUGCUCAAGUUGGUGAAAUGCGAUCUCGUUUAGCAGCUGAAACGGCAGAACGGGCGCAGCUAAUAACGGCAUUACUUCCUGCUGCUCAGGAUGCUGCUGCUUUUGACUUAAAAGAAAUGCUGAAUCGAUAUAAAGAAGUAAUAAUGCUGAAUGAAGAGCUACUUUCUGGGUGUCAUGUACGACGAUCGACGCAAGAACAGGCAGUCACUUCUCUCAAAAACUUGCAUACAAUCUUGCAGCAAGCCUCAAGAUUACGUGUUGGAAAAUACAGCAAAGCAGUAGUAGCUGCAAGCAGAAAGGCAGUUAGAGAAGACAAUGUGGAAGCGCUAAUUAAAAUUCUUCAAGUUGGCGACUCAUAA